AUGACAUACAGCAACUCCUACACGAUCACCCAGGAAGAGGCCUACAUGACCCAAGAGGAUGACUGGGACCGAGACCUGCUGCUGGACCCGGCCUGGGAGAAGCAGCAGCGGAAGUGUCCCACUCUGGCUCCCAUCACGGCCUCAGCGUCCCACUGUAGCUCCCAUCACAGCCUCAGCGUCCCACUGUGGCUCCCAUCACAGCCUCAGCGUCCCACUGUGGCUCCCAUCACGGCCUCAGCGUCCCACUCUGGCUCCCAUCACGGCCUCAGCGUCCCACUGUGGCUCCCAUCACAGCCUCAGCGUCCCACUGUAGCUCCCAUCACGGCCUCAGCGUCCCACUGUGGCUCCCAUCACGGCCUCAGCGUCCCACUCUGGCUCCCAUCACGGCCUCAGCGUCCCACUGUGGCUCCCAUCACGGCCUCAGCGUCCCACUGUAGCUCCCAUCACGGCCUCAGCGUCCCACUGUGGCUCCCAUCACGGCCUCAGCGUCCCACUCUGGCUCCCAUCACAGCCUCAGCGUCCCACUGUGGCUCCCAUCACGGCCUCAGCGUCCCACUCUGGCUCCCAUCACGGCCUCAGCGUCCCACUGUAGCUCCCAUCACGGCCUCAGCGUCCCACUGUGGCUCCCAUCACAGCCUCAGCCGUCCCACUGUAGCUCCCAUCACAGCCUCAGCGUCCCACUGUAGCUCCCAUCACGGCCUCAGCGUCCCACUGUGGCUCCCAUCACAGCCUCAGCGUCCCACUGUAGCUCCCAUCACGGCCUCAGCGUCCCACUGUGGCUCCCAUCACAACCUCAGCGUCCCACUGUGGCUCCCAUCACAGCCUCAGCGUCCCACUGUAGCUCCCAUCACGGCCUCAGCGUCCCACUGUGGCUCCCAUCACAACCUCAGCGUCCCACUGUGGCUCCCAUCACGGCCUCAGCGUCCCACUGUAGCUCCCAUCACAGCCUCAGCGUCCCACUGUGGCUCCCAUCACGGCCUCAGCGUCCCACUGUGGCUCCCAUCACAACCUCAGCGUCCCACUGUAGCUCCCAUCACGGCCUCAGCGUCCCACUGUGGCUCCCAUCACGGCCUCAGCGUCCCACUGUGGCUCCCAUCACAACCUCAGCGUCCCACUGUGGCUCCCAUCACAACCUCAGCGUCCCACUGUAGCUCCCAUCACAGCCUCAGUGUCCCACUCUGGCUCCCAUCACGGCCUCAGCGUCCCACUGUAGCUCCCAUCACAGCCUCAGCGUCCCACUGUGGCUCCCAUCACGGCCUCAGCGUCCCACUCUCCCAUCACAGCCUCAGCGUCUCACUGUGGCUCCCAUCACAGCCUCAGCGUCCCACUGUGGCUCCCAUCACGGCCUCAGCGUCUCACUGUGGCUCCCAUCACGGCCUCAGCGUCCCACUGUGGCUCCCAUCACAACCUCAGCGUCCCACUGUAGCUCCCAUCACAGCCUCAGCGUCCCACUGUAGCUCCCAUCACAGCCUCAGCGUCCCACUGUGGCUCCCAUCACAGCCUCAGCGUCCCACUGUGGCUCCCAUCACGGCCUCAGCGUCCCACUGUAGCUCCCAUCACAGCCUCAGCGUCCCACUCGUCCCACUGUGGCUCCCAUCACGGCCUCAGCGUCCCACUGUAGCUCCCAUCACGGCCUCAGCGUCCCACUGUAGCUCCCCUCACAGCCUCAGCGUCCCACUGUGGCUCCCAUCACAGCCUCAGCGUCCCACUGUGGCUCCCAUCACGGCCUCAGCGUCCCACUGUGGCUCCCCUCACAACCUCAGCCUCCCAUCACGGCCUCAGCGUCCCACUGUAGCUCCCAUCACGGCCUCAGCGUCCCACUGUGGCUCCCAUCACGGCCUCAGCGUCCCACUGUGGCUCCCAUCACGGCCUCAGCGUCCCACUCUGGCUCCCAUCACGGCCUCAGCGUCCCACUGUGGCUCCCAUCACAGCCUCAGCGUCCCACUGUGGCUCCCAUCACAACCUCAGCGUCCCACUGUGGCUCCCAUCACGGCCUCAGCGUCCCACUGUAGCUCCCAUCACAGCCUCAGCGUCCCACUGUGGCUCCCAUCACAGCCUCAGCGUCCCACUGUAGCUCCCAUCACAGCCUCAGCGUCCCACUGUAGCUCCCAUCACGGCCUCAGCGUCCCACUGUGGCUCCCAUCACGGCCUCAGCGUCCCACUGUGGCUCCCAUCACGGCCUCAGCGUCCCACUGUGGCUCCCAUCACGGCCUCAGCGUCCCACUGUGGCUCCCAUCACGGCCUCAGCGUCCCACUGUAGCUCCCAUCACGGCCUCAGCGUCCCACUGUGGCUCCCAUCACAGCCUCAGCGUCCCACUGUGGCUCCCAUCACAGCCUCAGCGUCCCACUGUGGCUCCCAUCACGGCCUCAGCGUCCCACUGUAGCUCCCAUCACGGCCUCAGCGUCCCACUGUGGCUCCCAUCACAGCCUCAGCGUCCCACUGUAGCUCCCAUCACGGCCUCAGCGUCCCACUGUGGCUCCCAUCACGGCCUCAGCGUCCCACUCUCCCAUCACGGCCUCAGCGUCCCACUGUGGCUCCCAUCACGGCCUCAGCGUCCCACUGUAGCUCCCAUCACAGCCUCAGCGUCUCACUGUGGCUCCCAUCACAGCCUCAGCGUCCCACUGUGGCUCCCAUCACAGCCUCAGCGUCCCACUGUAGCUCCCAUCACGGCCUCAGCGUCCCACUGUGGCUCCCAUCACGGCCUCAGCGUCCCACUGUGGCUCCCAUCACGGCCUCAGCGUCCCACUGUGGCUCCCAUCACAGCCUCAGCGUCCCACUGUGGCUCCCAUCACAGCCUCAGCGUCCCACUGUGGCUCCCAUCACGGCCUCAGCGUCCCACUGUGGCUCCCAUCACAACCUCAGCGUCCCACUGUAGCUCCCAUCACGGCCUCAGCGUCCCACUGUGGCUCCCAUCACGGCCUCAGCUUCCCACUGUGGCUCCCAUCACGGCCUCAGCGUCCCACUGUGGCUCCCAUCACGGCCUCAGCGUCCCACUGUGGCUCCCAUCACGGCCUCAGCGUCCCACUGUGGCUCCCAUCACGGCCUCAGCGUCCCACUGUAGCUCCCAUCACAACCUCAGCGUCCCACUGUAG